AUGGCCGAAACGCCUUUCAAGGCCGGCGUCGUCCCAAGGAUACGCCGGACGGCUUCUUCCCGCGCCGUACGAAUCGCUACGCCAACCAUACGGUCUCCAGAGUCUCCGCAUGGCGGUUCUGCAGGCGACCAUUACCUCGCGGAGCUUGAGAUUCAGCUCACCCAAUCUGAGUCCUCGGAUGAAGGGUUCCACGUCCCAUGUUCUGCUCCGAAGCCUGCACCAUGUGAAAACUCAGGCCUCAGCCCGAGAAGUGCGAACGCAAAGCUGGAUGCGCGCAGAAAAGCGCUCAAUCGAGCGUCGCAGGCAAAGUAUCGAAGAAAGCGCGGCGAGCAUGUGGCCGCUGCGAACGGAGACGCCGACAAGAAGUUCACCAUCCGUGCCUUCACUAUGGUGAAUUCGUCCAGAGGUGGAGCGGUGCACUACAUCCAGUCUCGGGACGCCUACAUGUCGAAAGCUGAGGUUAUUCAUCGCUCCCGGGAAGUCGCUGAGUACUUUGCGCUAACCCUUCGCUUACCGACCAACACACGGUUUGAGGUCAAAGCUGUAGCCGACAUUCGCCACGGCGUAGACGAAAAACAGGCCUCCUCGUCAUGGCCUCUUUUGAUAUGAAGGCGGAGUCUUGGAUCAUCCGCAAGUGUGUCAUCUCUGGUGAGAUGGGGGACUCGCCAAUGACUACAAAUGGCAUGAGGGAGCAAGGAUGGCGUAGAGGUGCAGCGCGUACAGCAUAUACUGAUCAAGUUCUCGCUUUUCACUGUAAAUAUGUCGUCAAAAGCGACCCGGCGAUCUCUGAUAGCUUACUUCGCGCCGUAUGUGAA